AAUAAUUUAUCAAGCAAACGCAUUUGCCCUUCGUCUGAUUGCCUCCGAUUCAUCACCAUGGAAACCUGGUUCCUUAUCCUCGUCGCCCUCUGCGUCUCCUUCCUCCUCAAAGCCCUUCUUUCUCUAUUCCUACCCACUUCCAUCUCCAAACCCAAGCCCCCUCCCGGGCCCCGCUACAUCCCCAUCAUCGGAAAUGUGUUAUUCCUCCUGAAAUCCGUCUCAGAGCUCGAGCCUAUCAUCCGCAAACUACAGGCCAAACACGGGCCCAUCAUCUCCCUCCGCUUCGGCUCCCACUCCGCCGUCUUCAUCGGCGACCGCUCCCUCGCCCACCAAGCCUUAAUCCAGAACGGCGCCGUGUUCGCCGACCGCCCCCAGGCCUUGGCCACCAACGAGUACGUCAGCAGCAAACAGCACAACAUCAGCUCCGCCGGAUACGGUCCCACUUGGCGCCUCCUCCGCCGCAACCUCACCUCGGAAAUCCUCCACCCUUCCCGCGUCAAAUCCUAUGGCAACGCCCGCAAAUGGGUUCUCGACAUCCUCGUCAACCGCCUCAAAACCGAGUCUCAAUCCCAGUCCGAAUGCGGCGGCGGCGGCGGUGUCAGGGUGGUCGACCACUUCCAAUACGCCAUGUUCUGCCUGCUGGUUCUGAUGUGCUUCGGCGACAAAUUGAACGAAGAGCAAAUCAAAGAAAUCGAGCGCGUUCAGCGCCAACAACUUUUGAGUUUCGGGCGGUUCAAUAUCCUCAAUUUCAAGCCGAAAUUGACCAAGAUUCUCUUAAAAAAUCGGUGGCGGCAAUUCUUCGAAAUCCUCGAGGAACAACGAGAAGUGCUCGUCCCUCUGAUUCGAGCACGACAAAACAGGGCAAAACAGGGCAGCAAAAACGACAACAAAGACGAUGAAUUUGUGUUGUCGUAUACAGAUACGCUGCUGGACCUAGAGCUUCCCGACGGCAACGAAAAGCGGAAGCUUUCGGAGGGAGAAAUGGUCAGCCUCUGCUCAGAGUUUCUGAACGCCGGAACCGACACGACUUCCACCGCACUGCAGUGGAUCAUGGCCAACGUAGUCAAGUACCCACAAGUUCAGGAUAAGCUGUUUGAGGAGAUUAAAGGGGUUAUGGGAGAAACGGAAGAAGAAGUGCGGGAGGAGGUCCUGCAUAAGCUGCCGUAUCUGAAAGCUGUGAUCUUGGAGGGGCUGAGGCGCCACCCGCCGGGGCACUUUGUGCUGCCGCACGCGGUGACCCAUGACGUGGUUUUGGGGGGACACGUGGUGCCCAGGAACGGGAGUGUUAAUUUCAUGGUGGCAGAUAUUGGCUGGGACCCGCAAGUGUGGGAGGACCCCAUGGCGUUCAAGCCGGAGAGGUUCUUGGGCAGCGGCGGAGAAGAAGAAGGGUUCGAUUUGACAGGGAGCAAGGAGAUUAAGAUGAUGCCGUUUGGGGCAGGGAGGAGGUCGUGUCCUGGGUCGGGAUUGGCGGUGCUUCACCUGGAGUACUUUGUGGCGAAUUUGGUGUGGAAAUUCGAGUGGAGAGCUGUGGACGGAGAUGACGUGGACCUGUCUGAGAAGCAGGAGUUUACUAUGGUGAUGAAGAAUCCAUUGCAAGCCAACUUAAUCCCAAGAAGUUAAUAUGUGCGAGAAUUUUGUACUAACUCUUCGACGCAUGUUUAGCCGUUAAACUCAUCAAUGUAUGUUCUUCAUUGAUUAUGUAAUCUCGAAAAUUUGGGCUUUUAGCUCGUUCAUGUGAUCCAACAGAGAUUUUAUAACUUCUGUAUUUACCAAGAAGGAUCUUCGUCGAACCUUCUUUAUGGGAAUCCUGAGAUUUUCCAAUUAUAUCUAUUCAUCGUA